GGGUGGCAGGCAGGCAGGCGGGCUGGCGGGCCGGCCGGCCGGAGGCAAAGGGGUCUGGGGCGUUGAGCCGUCCGUUGGAAAUCGCUAGAGACGAACGAUCGGGUUUACUGUUCGCAUGUACGAGAGCACAGAUGAAGUACUUGGGUUUAAGCCAGUUUUGGGUCACCGAUGCAAGCUUUGCGCUACGUUAAGGCUGCAGAACCUUGUUAAAGUUAUUUUAACUUGGCGGCUCAUCUGUCUGGUGAAUAUUCCUGGGCCUUCUGGUGACGAGGAGAACUUGAUUUCAAGCCAUCUGCAUGUUUGAUGCUCCCGCUCUGCUAUGGAAUCCUGGCCUACGCUGGGCUGGCUCCUCUUCCUUAGCUUAAUUGCUGACUGCCUGAAGGGAACGCGAGCACGGGACUUUACGGUGAAAGAUAUUGUGUACCUUCAUCCUUCAACAACUCCAUAUCCUGGUGGAUUCAAAUGUUUUACCUGUGAACAAGCAGUAGAUAACUACGAAUGCAACCAGUGGGCUCCAGAUGUGUACUGUCCAAGAGCAACAAGAUACUGUUAUUCUCAACAUACCCUGGAAGCCAACGGAAAGAGUGUAUCAGUCACCAAGAGAUGCGUGCCACUGGAGGAUUGUUUGACUACGGGAUGCAUUGCUCUCCAGCAUAAAGGACUCAAGGUAUGCACUUCUUGUUGUGAAGGAAACAUCUGCAACUUGACAUUACCUAGGAAUUCAAGCGAUGCUGUAUUUUCAACAACAACGCCUAUAAAUCAUACACAGAGACAUUGGCAAGAUACAUCCGUAAUAAUGUUAGGUCUCCUGUCUCUCUUUGCUACGUAGACCUUUUUGGAUCAAUUACCAACUAAACAUCAAGGAAAUCCAGUGGGAUGAAAAUAUUUAUGCACACAAAUAUGACCUUAAUUUAAUAUAUGUUUUUCAAUGCUUUCUUUUUUUAAGUGACAUUUUAAAACAAUCCUUUAAAUUCCUUUUAGCCUUGGCUGACUCAAAAGCCAUACUUUCUGAUCUGUGUCUUUAAAAAAAGGAGGGACUUUUGUUAUAAGUUGAAUGUUCUGAACGAAAACUUUUGUAUAGCCAUUAAAAAUGGGUGUAUUUUUUUUUUAAAACCAUUCUUUAGUCUAGUGAAAGGAAUAUUUCUAGAAAUUGCAUACUUUGAAUAAUAUCAAUUGAAAACCAGGGUUUCAAAAUAACACUAUUCCUCUAUGCAAGAAAGGAUUCUAGAUAAUUGUUUUACAGUAUCAAAUCAAUCUUAGCUUGAUCAUUGUAUUGGAUUUGAUCUCGAUUUAGUAGUCUAUAUUAGUAUAUCGCUAGAUGAGUGGUGCAGUGGCCUAGAGGUGGAGCUCUCGCUCACAAUCAGGAGGCUGUGAGUUCGAUCCUAGGUAGAAGUAGAUCUCUCUCUGGGCACAAUGAGAAUAUAUCUGUUGAACAAAACUCUGCAUUGGCGACAGGAAAGGCAUCCAGCCAAUAAACACUCAGCUCCAUUCAGUUGCCCAGACUCCACCCCACAAGGGAUUAUGGGGGUCAUUAAAAGGAGAUGAUGGUUAGUAUAUCGCUAGACAUAGUGAAAUCACAGCUAAAGUCUCCAUGAUAUUAAUCGGACCUAUGCCAAGACUAGAUUUAAUCCAUAUCUUUUAAUCGACUAUAGGAGAUCAAUACUCAUUUUAGAAAAAAUCAUGGUCAUGAGUGCUAAGCAGCCAUGUGGUUAUUCCCCUGGAUGUACGAAGAUGACAAAUGAUUUCUCUAAAAUGUUUUUUAAUCUGGUAAUAAUUUUUAUUUUUAAAAUGCCUAAGCAGGUUUCAAAUAGUCUAUUCAACUAGUCAUGCUGAUGAUUAAAAAGUUUUAAAUUUUUAUUUACCCUAACCAAUUAAUUAAUAAUAAGACUGUAAUUCUGUGCCCAGUUGCUGAGAGUAAAGCCCAUUGCACUCAUUCUGUGAGAUUGCCAAAUUAUCCAUAUGUACUUGGAAGUAAAUACUAUGGGAAUCCAUAGUAUUUACCAUAAUAAUAGUAAUACCAUUUACUGUUGAACAAACAUGCCAAGAAAAGUGCUAUGCAUGGUGCAGCCCUGUGUCUGAUGUGCUUAUCGAAGCUUGCCUUUAAUUAUUUGCUCUGCAUGCAUGCCAUCUUCGUUUGCUUUGUGAAACUCUAUGUGUGCAUCAGAACCUUGUUGGGAAUCUCUGGGCUAUAAUAAAAAUAGGCACAUUUCAAUAAGAGUUUCCUGCAACAACUGUAAUAAGGAUUUCAACUUGAUCAGAGCUUUCAGUAUAGAGCAGGGGUGUCAAACUCACGUCGUCAUGGCGGCGUCACGUGAUCUACUGGGACUUCCCCCCCCCCUUUCGUUAAACCAGGCAUGGGCAUGGCCAGCACAUUAUGCAUCUGGCCUACUGGCCGGGAGUUUAACAACCUUGGUAUACCGAUGUAUGGUGGAUGAAUGGCUUGCAUUGAAGAACUAUUUCAAAUUCCACACUCCAUUUUAUUUUACAUAGCAGGUUGCAAUACUUGUAUUUGUAUAAUACAGGGGUGUCAAACUGGCGGCCCGCAGGCUGGAUGCAUCACGGCCACCUCAGCUCCGUGAAUGGGAAAAACGUUGCGAAACGUCACGUGAUGGCAAUGUGAUGCGGCAAGUUUGAUACCCGUGAUAUAAUAGAAUUAGAAUUGCUACCAUGUCGUAUAGAAUUGUGGUCUUAAGUUACUACAGAUAGUCCUCAACCUGUAAUGGAGCCUGCUCAUGACUGUAAGUUGUGAUGGUUGUAAAGCGGACACGCCCCCCACAUAACCAACCCAAUUUUUAUGACUGGUUUUUAUGGUGGAAAUUAAGCAAAUCACCCAAUGGUCAUUAAGCAAAUUUGCACUUGUUAAGCAAACCCAUUAUUCGCUAUGGGGCAUUUUUGCCGAAAACCGGAAGCAAACUGGAAGUAAAGCCUGGUUUUCAGCAAAAAAAUUGUGGUUAUGUGACUGGGAAAUGCUGGAAACAACUUUCAAAGCAGGCUGGUUGCUGAGCACCCGAAAUGCAGUCACUUGACUGGUGGGGAGGGGCAGCCAUCUUUGGAACUGGGUCGUAAGUAUCUAUCUUUGGAAGGAAUCUGUCAUAAGUUUGAAUGGUCAUUAAGUAACCAGUCAUAAGUCAAGGACUACACGUAUGAGCAGUGCUGCUAAUCUUUAAGCAACUGCAUCUAUUUUCAGCUUUGUGCAGAAGCUUGAAGAAAGUCUGAUUCCUUUAAUGAAGAGCUGCGAAGUGCCAUGCUAGCACAAAGUCCAAAGCCCUUCAUUUUAAAAUCUUGCACAGCCCCGUUAUGUAAUAUGGUUCUGUUAAAUAUCUGACCUGCCUCCCCAACUAAAAGCAAAGAGAUCAGGGGUGCGUUCUACUUACCUUUACUACCAGUUCGCAACGGGAUCGCGCAUACGCAGGUCGCCGAUUAUGACAUCCGGGGCAGUGGGCGGGAUCCCCCCACUGGUUUUACUACCGGUUCUUGUGAACUGGUCCGAACCGGGGACAACCCACCACUGAAAAAGAUGUCUCAAAGAUGUCUGUGUUUUUCAUGUAAGGUCUGAUAAAAUAAAAGGAUUGCCAAAUGGGAGGAGAAUGAUUUUUCAAACCAGUUUGAGAACCCAAGAAUAGCCCUGUUUGAUGGGAUCACGACCAUCUUAGACCAGCUCUUAGUUUCUCAAUGUUGCUACAAAUGCCUCAAAAAUAGGAGAUGGAGAUAGAUCCCUCAUCUGUUACUGGUUUUUUAAAUUUAUUUAUUUAUGCAGCAAAUAAUUUAAUUCCAUAAAAUGGGGAACACCUUUUGAAGACCCAAAUCUAUUGUAAGGUUAAGGAGUCAUUGAAAUUAAAUGCUCUGUCCCCUUUGAACUCAUUUCUUCCCCUGCAUUCUUUUCCAAGGGAUUUGGCUUCUGCAUGUUUCUUUGCACUCAUAGUUUUGUAGGCUCAAGCUUAUUGAUGGCCUCUUGGAAAGGCGCAUUACUUUUAACAACGUUGACAAGGAAUCCUAAAACGUAUUAAAUAUCGAAUGACUCUACUCUCAUCACAUUAAACCUAUUAGAAUUCUUUCUUGAGAUCUGACAUACAGACUAAUUGUAGAAUAAUCUCAGGUUGCAAAGGGAAGCAAAGUUGGAACAGUCCAUGUAACAUUGUAGGAUAUUAUAGAAGUCUGGCUGAAAAGAAGUCAUGUUCAUCUACUGAAAGUUGUUGCAUUAGACCUGUUUCCAAGCCUGCCCCUCAAUUUACCAAAGCAAUUAUAAGUAUAUGACCAGUACUCUACGUGCCAAAAGUGAAAAAUAUGUUCAAUAUCUGUGUUUAAAAUGAUGCUAAUUCCGAAAUUUAGAUACUGUAGUUCUCCCUUCUCAUUUACUGAAGAAAGAAGUUUGUUGAAGGAAGUUAUAAACAGCAUCUGCAUACCGUUCCCACCAUACUGCUGUGACUUCUCAUGUAGUGGUUUCAGAUUGUGUGAGAGGUCUAUGGAAAUGCUCAGUCAGUCAUCUAGGUCAUGGCUGUUCCAAAGGUGCUUUUUCAAAAGGCAACUGGUCUUUAUUUUUUCCUUGAAGAUGUUUCGCUUUUUGCUUGAAGACGUUUUGCUUGAAGGACGUUUCAUCCAAGAAACUUCCUCAGAACUGAAGAAGCUUCUUGGAGGAGAAGUGAAACAUCUUCAAGCAAAAGCAAAGAAAGUCCAGUUUCCUUUUGAAAAAGCACCUUUGGGACAACCAUGACCUGGAUGACUGAGGAUUUCCAUAGACGUCUUCAAGGAAAAACAGAGAAAAUCCAGUUGCCUUUUGAAAAAGCACCUUUGGGAUUGUGUGAAACGUUUCCGUGACUGCAACAUCCAUUUUUGGAGAGAUGGCUGGCAUUGUAGUGGGGGUGGGGUGGGGAGAGGGGGGGAAUAAGUUGUGAUUACCUCUGCUACAAGUUGUACAGAAAGAUGACGCCGUGUGGUCAAGAUUACUGACUUAAGUAGUACAUAUGUGAAGAUCUGUCCUAAAUAGAAUUCUUUGCGGUAACUGUUCGUCAUAAAACAACUAACUGUGUUUAGUGUAGUACAAUCAGGCUUCCAUUUGUGCAGUGGAAUUAAACUUCACUCAUCUUCCCCCUUGCACAUACCUCCAAGCCUGCUCCGAGGAGAGGGUGUGUCCCAACCUCUGGAACAGAUUUGAUGGAUGCACACCCAUGGAGGAAGUGUCUGUCCUGUUUGGGACCCCAUUGGAUGCAGUCCUUUGUAUUGUAUAUCUUGUGAAUGCUCUGAAAGGUGGUGGGUAUUUCUUGCAUGAUAAUAGUCAUCUAUUAACAUAUUUGGGUGACUCAAGACAUCGGUUUGGAUGGGCGCUUCUUGUUUAGAAGUGAACACGAUAGAAUUAUCCUAUCUGUAAAAUCUGCAGCUCUAUGAAUGUAGCAAAUGUUGCCCAGGUUGUUACUCAUUUGAAUUCCAACAUAUGGUACUGUACUUCUUAAUCUUAAUUUGGAUUUUUUUUUUACAGUUCAAGCGUGAUGAUGUCGUAAUUUGUAAGUCGAUCAUUUGUGUUCCAUUUUAAAUUUAGAUGUUUAGGAUGGGGAAAAAAAUAUUUCUCCCUUUUCCAUUCCAUUUAAUUAUCAAGGGGAGAAUACCAUAAGGGCAUGAUAACCUGAAGCCAAAUGUGUGCCAAAUUUCUUGGUUAUUCUGCUAUCUUUGUCUUUGGUUUUGCUUUGGUUUCUUUCUGUUUGUUGGUUGGUUGGUAUUCUUGUGAAUGUUUCCUGUGUAAAUAGCAAUCCCAGCUUCUUAAUGUUGUUGUAAAUUUUGUACAUUCUAUAAAUGACUUAAAAUUUU